UGAGGCUUUAGGAAAGUUGCGUUUUACCCGUGAUUGUGCGUGUCGUGUUUGUAUCAGUUUCUAUAUGUUUAUUUAUCUUUUAUGACGAUAUUGUGAGUGCGCAUUUUUAAAAAUCAAAUCUCAAAAGGUGUGUAACAAGUUAAAAUGAAAAAUAUUACAGCUAAGCAAUUGCCUAGAAAGAGUAAUUCCAAAGAGGAUGACGACAAUGUAAGAUAUAAAUUAAGUAAACAAUACUUGAAUAAUAUUGCCAAAGCAAAUUCAAAAGCAUUGAAAAAGUACAACGAAAAUGAUGACAAUAUUCGAUACAAAUUUGCUCCAGUGUCAUCUAGGCCGAAAACUCCAGAGAAAAAGCCUAAACAAAAACCAAAAAUCAAAGUGAACUUUUGGAGCAAUAAACAAAUUGGACCUCGAAAUCAAAAAGAGGCACUGAAUUCAGCAAAAUCAAAACGCAGACACACAGUAAGCAUAGUAGAUAAUGUAGAUAGUGAUAAACCUAAAACGCCUACAAUCAAAGUUCGCAAGCGAGUCUCUUUUUUACCCUCACCCAUGUUUACAGAUAACCAUGUGCCAAUGGUUACUGUUCCAGAUGAUUUGACUAUUCAGAUAAAUGCUGAAGAAGCAAAAACACUCGGUGAAGAUUUAAAUCUAGGUUUUGUGGACAAUAAAACAGAUAUCAGCAAGCUCCAAGAACAAGGCAGAAAGAAAGUGAGAACUUCAAUGACACAGACAAGCCCAAGAAGCACAAAAGUAAAUGCAACUACUGUACAGCAGAGAAAUCAAGGCAAUGAAAAUGAUUUAGAAUUCUUUUCAAAAUAUGUAGUACAAAAGUUGAGAAGAAUGGAGACAAAUCAGCGUAUUUACUCGGAGAAUUUAAUAAACACAGUUCUGAUGCUAGGACAAUUGGGUCAAUUAAAUGGCAAAUCUAAAAUUACGCAGACAUAGUAGAUUGUAUGGUGUGCAAUUAGCCCUAUUUUCUUAAAUUAUUUUUAUAUUUUGUAUAGGAAUGAGCACAUGUCAUUUUUGAUACCCUGCCGCUGUUAUUUCCUAAAUAGUUCAACCAUAUAGUUUUUACACAAAGUUGGUGCAUAGAAUAUAACUAUAUAAUAGAAAAAGUACAUAAAAUAUUUAAAACAACAUCGAUCUCAAGUUAAAUAUAUUUAGAUCAAUUGAUUAAAUGAUUAUUAUAGAAUAGUUUAUAAUAAAAAAAAUGUUUCUAGACUCUGGUUAUUUUUGUACAAUUAAAUAUAUAUCUUGUGAACUUCUUACUAUUGAUUGUAUUUUUUCAAUUUUAAGCAAUUAGAAUCCACUUAUAAUGGCAUUGACAUCAAAUGAGCAUUUAAAAGGUUUGGAUGAAUGCUAGAGUUACUUUAUUUAAUGUAUUUUCUUUAAACUAUUCACUUUUAUAUUAUUUAAAUUGUCAUUGUAAGUGCAAUAUAUCUAAAACAUUGUAAUAUGUACAUUGUACUGACAUACACACUGUAAAAUUUGAUACAUAGAUAUAUAUGUAUAUGUUAGAAAUAGGUAAAUUUAUAAUAUUCGUAAUUAGUAUGUCCCAUUAAAAUAAGGAAACUUCAUUUUUUUAUUUAUUAAUAAUUGUAAAUUAGGGAAUUAUAUUUAUGAAAAAAAAAAAAAUUUGGUAAGUCAGUUGACUUAUAUUAUUGUUUAAAUAAUAUUGGGAAGCAUAAUAUAUUCACGUGUUACAUAUAAAUCACAUUAUUUGGUGUGUGUUAUAGAAUCUGAGACACAUACACCUCUUUAUAAUAGACAAUAUUUUUCUGUAAAAUUAAAUAGUUGUUGAAGAGUAAAUUUUUAUAUAUUGUUAUAUAUUUUGGAAGACAGUUACUGAAAUUGCUGGUUUGUAUACAUAUCUUGUUAAUAAAGGCCUUAUAAAUUACAAGUGAUUUAUGAUAACUAAUUUAUUGUAGUAAAACUUCAAGAUUAUAUGCAUUUAAUAAUCAUGCACUCAAGUUUCUCAUAUUUAUAUUUUUGAUAAUGGUUAUGGAUUUCUAUUUGAAUUUGGACACGGAAAGCAUAUUUUAUAUGCAAAUGAAUACACAUGAAAUUGAACUCCGGGGAAUACAUUGUACAGAAAUAAUAAAAAAUAGGCCUGCGUGCCCUGUAAGUAAUAAUUUUUUUGCAACAGUGUCUGACAAUAACCUCUUAAUGACUUUUACUUUAAUACCAAAUAAUCAUUUUGAAAUAUAAUGCAUUCGCUUGCAAAAGCAUGUCCAAAUUAUGUUUAUUAUGAUGAAGUAGUUUUAAGUAUUCAUGUACAUACUUUAGAUUUACAUUAUAAGCUCAAAGGUGUUAAAAAUGUGUUCUUUUUUCAUACGAGUUGUUUAAUAUAUAUAUGUAAGGAUUCAAAGGCCUUCCUAAUAAAUAU